AUGAACUUUCUCUUCAAACUUGCUGAGAGAAUUAAACCUUUUGUUUCUGUUCCUUCCCUAAUCCCUAAUUCUCCAGAAGCUGUAUUGGGAGAAGAUUGGGACUCGGAUGAACCAGUUAAUUUUAACAUUCCUUACAUGGUCUAUCUGCAAUCCAAGCCAGAGCCUUGUGUGGGGACUCUCAUUGACCGUGAGUGGGUGCUCACGGCUGCUCAUUGUUCCUUACCAGCUAAAAUCCGACUGGGAGUUUACCAACCCAACAUCAAAAAUGAGAGGGAACAGAUAUAUAGUUACUCACUGACUGUAGUCCAUCCUAAUUUUGAUGCAAAUUUCCGGAAAAAUGACCUGAUGCUGAUAAAACUCUCUUACCCUGCUGCUAUAAACAUGCAUGUGGGAACUAUAGCCAUAGCUAUGGAACCCAUGAUAUUUAAUGAAAGCUGCUUUAUACCAACAUGGACCUGGAAUAGCUACAAAAACUUUACUGAUCCUGACAUCCUGACAUGGACAAAUCAGUAUUCUCUUUCCCAAAGUGACUGCUGGAACAUUCUCCUAAAAGAGAAACAAGAAACAAGGAUGAACAUCAUGUGCAUAGGACACUCGUUUAAUGUUAUGACUUCAAUUAAGGAAGUCUCAGCUGCUCCAGCCAUCUGCAGUGGAAGGCUUCAUGGAAUAUUGUCCUGGGGGAAAGCAGGCAUAACCAAGGGAAGUGAGGGCUUCUUCACUGAAAUUCAUCCUUACGCAAGAUGGAUCUUGAAAAUGAUGCAUUCCCACUGA